AUGAUGGCACAAGCCUACGACCCGGGGGCGGUUGCUGCACUGCCCCGAAUGCAUCCCCCAGGAAUGUCACGGCCACAGGUCAGCAUUGAACGACUGCCUACACGACGCAUGAGUAACGAGCCACGAGAGUCUAUGAACUGCAAAUCGUGUCGAAAACGCAAGGUAUGCAAGGCACCACAACACAUUCUGAUCAAAUGCAACCGUCUACGACCUGCCUGUGAAGCCUGCCAGGUCUUCCAGUGCCCAUGUGUAUACGAUGCUGUUCCAAAGAAAAGGGGGCCCAAAACAGAUGUUUUGGAAGCUUUACUGAAAAGAGUCGACGGGCUAGAGGCUCGACUGAAAGAAAAAAAGACUGACCCCGAGGCUUCCACCUCGGAAAACCCGCCUACCAAUAUCUCUGAUGAGUCGGUGUCUCCAACAGCAACAACAGGCACAAAAACAGAUGAUAAACCAGAGCAACAAGCGGGACCAAGUGAGGCUAGCCACGAAAGUGAGGACCUAGCCAUUUUCUCAUCAAUAGACUCGAGCCCGCCAUCCCCUGAGGUUCAGCCGGAUGAUCUUCUCGAUACUUACUUCAGUCGCCUCCAUGACAAGCCAUUUCAUAUCUUGGACGAAUCUACGCUGAGGCAACGACGACAACUCAGUCAAGCUCCUGAUUAUCUCAUACAUGCCAUUUUUGCGGUAGCAGCGAGAUAUACCCCUCAUCCCAGUGGCUAUCAAUCAGCUGUAAAGCUCAGUGAAGACUAUGCCACUCGGUCGAGGUUGGAAAUCGACACAGAUGAGCCGUCAGUCGAUGCCCUACAGGCGCUCGUGCUGCUGGUCACCGCAUUCACUGCGGCUGGCAAAGGCAAAAGGGCAUACAUGUUGCUGACAAGUGCGGUUGGGAUGGCCAUGGCACUCGAACUACACAGAGAGAUGGACGUCAACGCACGAGUUACGCCAACCGAGCGAGAGACACGACGAAAAUUGUUUUGGAGCUGCUAUCUGCUCGACCGGUUCAUGGCCUGCGGGUCAAAACGCCCUUCCUUGAUCGCAGACAGAGCCAUCAUCUUGAGGCUCCCGUCGUGGUUGCCCGUUCCCGGGUCGCUACCGGCCGAUGGGGAUUAUUUUCAGAGCUACACCAAUCUGCAAUAUUUACAGGGCACAGGAAAGAAAGCGCAAGGAAGCAGCGGCAUGCUCAUCGACAUUUGUCGCAUCUUGGGAACAACAAACCAGUACCUGGCAGCUGGGGGCGUUAAAGGAGAUUCGCAUUUUCCAUGGCACUCUCUAUCCAAUCUCUCAAAGAUCCGCCAAGACCUAGAUGUGUGGGCAUCUGGGACGCAGGAUGUGUUUUCAAGCCUGGAUUCACUUUUUGGCCAGCCUGACUCCACCGUGCUUGUAUUGAGCAAGCUUGUUUACCAUCUUAUUCACUGCCUUAUAUACCGACCAUUUCUACCGAUCGAUCUAUCGGAACUUACUGGGACAGGGCAGCACCAGUCAUGGCAGAUAGAAGCCACCAACAUGUGUUUCCUCCAUGCGAACGCUAUCGCAGAACUUGUGGAGGUCGGAAAGCGGACAGCAUCGAUCGAAUGGCCGGCAUUUGUUGGAUUUUGUAUAUCCACAGCAGGGACAGUCCACAUACACGGCGCUCACUACAGCAGGGUGGGAAAUACAGGCGAGAUGAAUGUGUUUAGUUCCUCGGCAGAGUUUCUUUCGCGAGAGAUGCAGCAGCUGAGUGAACUGCGGUAUGCCUGGGCGAGUGUUCAACAUCAACGGGAGACACUACAAGGCAUGUACAAUGCUCACUCGGGACUUGUCAAGAGCCACAACAGCAACGCCAUGCGCCAGUCCCCGGUAUUCCAUCUGGAAGACUUUUUUGAUCGUUACUCGGGUACCACCAGCCCGGGAGGCCAAGCAUUUAGUUUUGAUGCCGCCAACUUGAACCUUUCGGAUGUGGUUGUCGACUUUACUGCUGAUGCGUACACUGGUCAAGAUCUCUACGCGCCGCGUCUCACAGCGGGCGAUGCAGGGCCAUCUCGACCGAACCUCAAGAGAAAGAAUACAGCGCCCUCGGGCAGGAAGAGGCCAGACCUACGCAAUCUUUUGUCUUUGAACAGCAGUUUAAAAGUGGCAACAGCACCAGUGUUGUCAACACCAUCCAGUGCCCAUCGCCACUCAUUCUCAGCAGCGUCCAUGUCGUCGCAGCAGUCGCCAAAUAUGCUACACACACCACAUUCAUUGACGGGCGGAUUCCACGGCAUGCAUGAACAAAGCGCACCGCACGCAAUGGGUGGGUUUUCAAUGGGAGGAGGGCAUCCUGGCGAACUCCCGGCUGGGUUGAGCAGCAUGUCGAGCGGCCUAUUCAGUCCGUCAUUCAACUUUUCAGGAUAUCGAAACCCCACAACACCGGGCACAGGCGGCCCACACCAAGGCUUCGACCCGAUGUUUGGUGAGCUCCCUACCAACACUUUUUCGACACCCACACCGUGGCACCACGGCGAAGAAGCAGGCAACGGAAAAGGGGCGAUGGUGACAAGCCCAACCGGGAUUACGCCCAGCGAAAGUGUAGGAACUGCGGGCACCGCAGGUGAUGAAAAAGACCCUUUUCUCAGCCUUCUCGAACAAUUGGCCGAAAAUGAGUCUGUGAUGGGUACGGGUAAUGAGCUGGACUUUUUCCUAGCUGGGGCGCCGAAUACUGGGUAG